UUGUAUCCGCACACAUCCGCAGCACUCUUGUGUUUGUAUUAAUGGCUGUUUAAGCGGUUUCUGCACACAUUGCAAGACGGCCUGGCUCGCAGGUCCAGUGCCUGUCCGCAAACGGCAGGAGGGUGAGUUUGGGUGAGCCCCAAAACGGAGCCGCCAGCAACAUUCGUGCAACAAUGAGCUCGGGAAAGCCGAGCAAGAGCGAGGGGCCGCGCGCAGAUCCGCUGCGUGAGGAGGAGGAGGAGAGCGAUGAAGACAGGUGCUCCAGCAGACCAUCCUCUCCGCCGGCGGGCCGCGGGGGCACCGGGACGCAGGGCAGCGGGAGGCUCGAGGCGGCCGCGGAUGGAGGGACAGGCUCGGGGGGCAGGGGCUCGAGCGCCUACGACUCUCUGUUCGCGUGGAUUUGCAGGAGGACAGUCCGCAGGGGGCCGUUUGUAGACCCCGCGCGGGAUCAUUUCCGUACCAUGACACGGCUUUAUUCGUCCAUGAGCCCGGCUACGGAUUCGGUGAACCUCAGUACACAAACCCACGGAGCUGUCUUCAACUUGGAGUACUCUCCAGACGGGUCAGUUUUGACGGUUGCUUGUGAGCAGACAGAAGUGCUUUUGUUUGACCCUGUUUCUUCCAAACAUAUCAAAACACUGGUGGAGGCUCAUGAAGACUGUGUAAACAACAUAAGGUUUCUCGACAACCGGCUGUUUGCGACCUGCUCUGAUGACACCACCAUUGCAUUGUGGGAUUUGCGUAAACUCAACUCGAAGGUGUGCUCAUUGCAUGGCCAUGCCAGCUGGGUCAAGAACAUCGAGUAUGAUACACACACUCGCUUGCUGGUGACGUCAGGAUUUGACGGAAAUGUCAUCACAUGGGAUACCAACAGGUUCACAGAGGAUGGCUGUCCACACAAGAAAUUUUUUCACACACGCUAUCUUAUGCGGAUGCGUCUGACUCCAGACUGCAGUAAGAUGUUAAUCUCCACCUCCUCUGGUUACCUGCUCAUCUUACAUGACCUUGAUCUCACCCAGAGCCUUGAGGUCGGCAGCUACCGCAUCCUACGGGCCCGCAGAGCUCCACUUAGCACAGAAGGUUCAUCAGCAGGUUCCAGGUCAGGAGGUCCCCGUCACACCAUUGACAGCAAAACCCAUCCACACAGAGAGGGUCUGUCCCCCAGAAACAGUCUUGAGGUUUUAACCCCGGAGAUCCCAGGCGAGAGGGACCGUGGGAACUGCAUCACCUCCUUGCAACUGCAUCCCAAAGGCUGGGCCACGUUGUUACGCUGCUCCAGCAACAUGGACGACCAGGAGUGGACGUGUGUGUACGAGUUUCAAGAGGGAGCUCCGCCUCGACCUCCGGUGUCUCCUCGCUGCUCUCUGCGUCUCACGCACUACAUAGAGGAGGCUAACGUCGGCCGAGGCUACAUUAAGGAGCUGUGCUUCAGUCCCGACGGCCGGCUCAUCUGCUCGCCGUACGGUUACGGUGUGCGCUUGUUGGCGUUCGAUGAGCACUGUGCCGAGCUGACGGACUGCAUGCCUGUGCGGACGGCUCUGCUGCGUGAGAUUCGCUCCAUUUACUCUCACAGCGACGUGGUGCUCACCUCCAAGUUCUCACCCACUCACUGUCAGUUUGCAUCGGGCUGCCUUAGCGGACGCGUAGCUCUGUAUCAACCACACUUUUAACACAUACAAAUGCAUUAGAAUUUACACUGAUCACUGGACUAUUUGGAAGAAGCUUCUGAUUGGUCAGGCGGAUAAUGGGAGAACGAAACUACCUUAAACAGAGUGUCUGGUAUUUUUUUUUGGUGUGUGUGUGAGGUCACACUGCAUGUGAAUGGCCUUCUACAUGUUUGUCAUUUUUAGAUGUAAUUGUUCUUUACACUGUGUGAACUUGACAGUCCAUGCGAGAAGGAAAGCAAACAGCAUUCAUUUUUCUCCACGAUAGAGGUUGAAUGAGUCACGUGAGCGUUAGAGAAUUAUUUUUUGGUUGCUCAUCCAUGCAGCACUGCAGUAACCGUUUAAGCCAAACAUUUUCAUGCAACUGUAAGCAGUUCAAGCCGAUGGCAAUUUUUGCAAUUUGCCAGACAAGUACGUCACUUUUACUAAUUGUUCGUUUUAUUUUUGGACUGCUUGUCUGUAAAAACACUAACUGAGGUCUGAUUCAUAGAUUGUCAAUGCAGUAUGUACCAUGUACGUGUGAGUAUUGGGAUGAAUACGACUUCUGCCGAUAGUUGACUGAAUGGAUUGGGAAUUUUGUAAUGUUCUGUUUUUCAUGUGCUUUCUGGCAUCUACAUGGACAAUCAGCAGUUAUGAAAUGUUUAGAUGCUCACAUCGGUGGGAGCGUUGAACUCUAGACAUGAGGACAAUGGGAGAAGGCAGGUUUAACUGUUGGAUGAGUGUUUUAUACGGAUGAGUUUAGCUUUCUUAAAAUGAAAAAAAGAGGACAAAAUCUGAUUGUUCGGCUUUUCUGGGACUUGUAUCAAUUAGUCAUCCUUCUCGGUUAUUGAAAUAUUGACAGCUCUUGAACAUGGAAAUUUAAAACAUGGAAAUCAUCCACGAUUCUCAUUUGAUUCACUUUAUUCAUGUUAACAAUACUAAGGAUGCAGUGGUACAGAUGUAUUAAAUAAAGAAACCUUUUCAUAUCUUUUGUUUGCCAUGAGAAAGAAAAAUGCUGUAAAAAAGAGCUGUUUUUAAGCAAAAAUGAGACUUGUAUUAGCAUACCUUAGACUGACGGAUUGCACUGGAUAUGCGUUGGCAUCUGCCUCCAUUAAACAGAUCAUUUAGGACAAGCAUGACACUUCAGGUCAAGCGCUGGAUAGGGGAAAAUAUGGUGUUCAUCCAUGUAAAAUAGAAAAUGUAGAAUUAAUUAUUAUAAAACGGAUAGUUCUGGUCCUUGAUUCUGAUUGGUUGAGCUGUGUUCAAAGCUGUUGUAAAUUACUCUACAAACAUA